CCGGAAGCCAAACAAGGAUUCGGCGUUUUAGCGAUCUUACGUGUCAUUUCCAGAGUGUCAGUGAUUGAGACCUGCCGUAGACUAUUAAUGAAAAAAACCCAGGGCAUCAGCAUCUGGUUAUUGAUGAACUUGGGUAACUGUUGGUAACAGCAGAAUCAUGAAGGCUUUGAUCCUGGUGGGGGGGUACGGGACCCGACUGCGACCGCUCACCCUGAGCGUCCCAAAACCCCUCGUGGAGUUCUGCAACAAACCCAUCCUGCUGCACCAGGUGGAGGCACUGGUGAAAGCUGGGGUGGACCAUGUGGUUCUGGCAGUGAGCUACAUGUCAGAGCUGCUGGAGAGAGAGAUGAGAGUGCAGGAGCAGAGACUCGGGAUUCGUAUCUCUCUGUCUCAUGAGAAGGAGCCUCUGGGAACAGCGGGUCCCCUGGCGUUGGCUCGAGACUUGCUGAACGAUGACGGUGAGCCGUUCUUCGUUCUCAACUCAGACGUCAUCUGUGAUUUUCCGUUCAAAGAUCUGCUGCAGUUCCACCGCAACCACGGCAAGGAGGGAACCAUUGUGGUAACACGGGUGGAAGAGCCCUCUAAGUACGGUGUGGUGGUGUAUGAGGCGGACAGCGGGAGGAUCCAUCGCUUUGUGGAGAAACCACAGGUCUUUGUCUCCAACAAAAUUAAUGCUGGCAUGUACAUCUUCAAUCCCAGCAUGCUCAGCAGGAUCCAGCUGAGACCAACAUCCAUUGAAAAAGAAAUAUUUCCUGUCAUGGCAGGGGAGGGACAGCUGUAUGCCAUGGAGCUGCAAGCUCACAGCUCCACCAGACGUUUCUGGAUGGACAUCGGCCAGCCUAAAGACUUCCUGACAGGGAUGUGUAUGUACCUCCAGUCAGUACGACAACACGCACCUGAGAGAUUACGCACAGGUCCUGGUUUCCUCGGCAACGUCUUGGUGGAUCCCACGGCACAGAUCGGGGAGAACUGCACCAUCGGCCCGAAUGUCACCAUCGGCGCCGGCGUUGUCGUGGAGGACGGCGUGAGGAUAAAGCGGUGCACGGUGCUGAAAGGGUCGAGGGUUCGAUCGCACUCGUGGUUGGAGAGCUGCAUCGUGGGGUGGAGCUCGUCAGUCGGCCAGUGGGUGCGUAUGGAGAAUGUGACGGUGCUGGGGGAGGACGUGAUCGUCAAUGACGAGCUUUACCUGAACGGUGCCAACGUCCUGCCUCACAAAUCCAUCAACGAGUCAGUCCCGGAGCCACGAAUCAUCAUGUAGCAUCAGGUGGAGGAAAAAUCCCAGCGCCUUUUAUAUGAAGACUAUGAGGAAGACCCAAACUGUGCCAGAGAAGAGGGAGGGACAUUCAGGCAGUUGAAUGGAAGCAGGAGGAGGAAGAACAAAAGCCUUCUUUGUCUUUCUUUUUAUAAAUUAAUUUGGACUUGUUUUAGCCCUGCUUGGCUGCAUUUGUCAGAAAAGGCGACGUGUGUCAAGGAAGGUUUCUUAAAGUACUGACAGGUCAAACUCUCAUGUUGGCAAAUAUGAGAAAAGUCGAGAGAGGGGGCUUCUUGGUGGAGGGAGUAAAGAUCAAUAUACUGGGAGGGAAGGGGGAAGUGGGUGUGUGAAUAUAUGAACACUGCUGGUUAGAUUUACUAUGCAUUUACACUUCCUGAAAAGAACAAUCAAACCACAGCUACAGGUUGAUGUCAUGACUGAUGCUCAGAUUCUGAUCGAACUUAUUGUGAAACAUAAUGCAGUAUUGGUCACAGUUAAAGGUCCAGUGUGCAGGAUUUCUGAUGCUCCAUUAACAUAAAUGUAAUACAGGAUUUAUAACUAGUGUUUCUACUGAAGACCAAAAAGGACAAACAGCACUGGCUAUAAGUAAAUGGAACUGAAGGUGCUCCUACAUUGUUGUAAACAAUAGACUGUAUAUCAAAGAUGGACAAUGCCACCACUGUUUGCUUGUGGAGGCUUGCCAAGUUUUUGUUUUUGUUUUGUUUUUUGGAAGUAGAAUAUUUACUUACACGAAAGUGUGAAGUUGUGAGCUGGGUCCAGCAGAGGUGAAGACUAGGAAAGAGAUGAGACCAGUGUAAGCACACUGUUUAACACUAGAAGUCCCAGAGAAGAGCCAUUUGGCUUUUCUACCUAUAAAACCCACCGUCGAGCCAAAUGGCUGGUAGGCUUUUAGCUAAUAUCCUUAAUCACCUGUGAACAGCUGCUUUUGUU